AUGACAACUCGGACUGUCACAGCAACAGCUGGGCUGCGAGCAGAACACAUUCCACGCGGCCCCGUGGAAGUGGCUUUGAAUUUCUUUGAACCCCCAGCGGACGGGGCACCUCCAUUCCAAUAUGCCCAAGAGCCGCCCCCCGGCCAGCCAGCCUCGAACUACACCCAGCCAACAGUGCACGUCGGCCUGAGCGAUAUCCGCGGCCAGGAAGCCAACUACAGCCUCGACCAGGACGCCUUCCAGUGCCUCCAAGGCAUCCAGUCCCUAUCGGACAUUCCCUACGAGACCUUCCUCUCCGACGACCAGAUCAAAGAGAUCUACUACCCAGCAGCCGAACAACUCCUUCUCGAGCGCGUUACCAAAGCCCGGAAAGUGGUUAUCUUCCACCACGUCGUGCGCAUGGACCGAGCAGAAAACCCUAUCAACUGUAGACCACUCCUCACCGUGCACGCGGACCAGACACCGCGCGCCACGGUGGCCACUAUCCGCCGGCACAUCACGGAUUCGGAGGAGGUCGAAUCGCUGCUCCGAAGCCGAUACCGCAUCAUAAACGUGUGGAAGCCGAUCAACGGAACCGUCGAGUCCUGCCCGCUUGCCUUUGCCAGCGGGAGCUCGGUGGAACCGGCCGACCUAAUCCCCAUUGAACUGCGGUUUCCCGAUGAGAUCAGCGAGAGCGUUGGGGUCAAGUAUAAUGCCAAGCAGAGGUGGUUGUACUGGUCUGGGAUGGGCAAUGAUGAGUGUCUCCUGUUGAAAUGCAGUGAUUCUCUCGAGGAGGUACCCGCAGUUCAGGUCCCUCAUUCAGCAUUCAUAGACCCCCGGUCGCCUCCGGGGGCAAAGCCCCGGGAAAGCAUAGAGAUUCGGGCGUUGGUGUUUGGUUGA